GGUUGAAUCCCGUGAAAUCAGACGAUAUAAAAAUCUACUGUGUGUUGUGCGAUAGCGCGACUUCGGGGUGCAAAACUUUCAUAUAAUUUAAUUGUCAGCAGCCUCUCCUAACGUGAAGAAGUCAGAGGAAUCAAUUCAAAUCUUAAAGGAAGAAAAACUGGGAUAGCUACAAUUCAACAGGAAAAUUGUAUCUGCUCACCAUUGAUUACACGAAAACACGUGCAAACAAAAAUCUUAUGGAGUCUUCUUACGUAUUAACGAAGCAACAUCGCGAGGGGGAACACCCGAGGAACCGAAACAGCCAUCGAUCAAAUUCCUGGCGAAAAACAAAAGAUGGACGCAAACAAGUCCUUGAAAGCGGCUGAGCUGUUGCCAAACGAAAAUGACACUAAAUUGUAUAAGCGUAGGUGGUAUAUUCUGGCUCUAUACGUCGGGUAUAUGCUGUGUAACUCUUCGCAGUGGCUCCAGUACUCGAUCAUUCCGAAUGUGGUUAAGAAAUUCUACGGCAUCAAUAACUGGUAUGUUAACUUGACGUCUCUGGUUAUGAUGGCCUGCUACUUGCCUUUGGCGCUUCCUGCGGCUAAUCUGAUGGAUAAAAUUAGUCUCCGAUGGACUGCAAUCCUGGGCUCUCUGGGCACGGCAAUAGGGUCAUGGAUAAAGGUGUUCUCAGCACAACCCCAUCUGUUCUACCUGACCCUGAUGGGACAGACGGUGGUGGCCAUAGCCCAGGUCCUCAUGCUGAGUGUACCCCAGAAACUGUCCAGCAUUUGGUUCGGAGAACGAGAGGUAUCAUCAGCUUGCAGUAUUGGUGUGUUUGGAUUUCAACUCGGCAUCGUUGUUGGUUUCUUUCUGCCGCCUGUACUAGUUAAGAACCAUGAAGAUAUAUCCCAAAUAGGAGAGGACUUGUACAAAAUGUUCAUCUACUUUGCUGUGGCUGCCACUGUUUUAGCUUUGUUGGUUAUAUUCACUUUUCAAGCCCAACCAAAGAUACCGCCAACACUGAGUCAAGUAAAAAAGAGAACGCAAGGAUCAGAAGAGACCAACAGUUAUGUCGCAACUUUGAAACGACUUUUUAUGCAGCGCCAUCUGACGGCUUUGUUCAUCACUACUGGGAUCAAUAAUGGGUGUUUUAAUGGACUAUCGACGCUGUUGAGUCAAAUAUUUCUAGAAUACUAUCCAGGUCAAGAAGAAGAUGCAGGCAGUAUUGGUGUGACUAUGGUCAUCUUUGGCAUGAUGGCUUCAGUGACAUUCGGAUUCAUCCUAGACAGAACUAAGAAGUUCAAGUUUAUCCUCGUAUUCAUCUUCUACAUGUCUGCUGUGGCUAUGGCAACAUUUACCUGUUUAUUGGUCUUCACUAGAAGUGUUUGGAUUAUGUACUUAGCGGCUGCCUUUGUUGGAACUUUCCUCUGCGGUUUCACAGCCGUCAGUUUCGACGUGGCCACUGAACUCACGUACCCAGAGUCUGAACUAAUCGUCGGAACUAUCAUGAACAUGAUGUCGCUUCUGUUCACUUUCGCCGCCACACUACUUUUUGGAUACAUCAAUGAGAGUUUCGGCUAUCUGUAUGGCAAUAUUGGCUUUGUCGUCACACUUUUUGUCGGUGCGACAUGCAGUUUGCCAAUCAGAUAUGAGCUCAAAAGAACUACAGCGCAGAGAGUCGAGUUGAAUAAAGAAAUUUUACCGGAAGAGAGAGGGUUAAUUAAGUAGAUAUCUUUGAAUGUAUAGAUGUACUCAGGUAGGUAUGUGUUGGAUAAGGAUGUUAAAGAAUUUUUAUUCGAAUGGAUUGAUUGAUUGAUGUAUCCAAAUUUCUAGGAAUGACAUUCCCGAAAGGAAAUUGUAUUACCUUUCCAUGGAAAUUUUAUUCAAUUUUUUCCUCAAAAAGCUAAUAGCAGGAAAAGGUUUCUUUUUGGGAAGAAAAUAAAUUAGUCAUCACUCUCUAUCUUCACUUCCGGAAUAUAUACUUGUCAAAAAUAAAAAUAAAAUAAUUUUACUUGCA